CUCUUCCUUUCACUACGCCUAUUUCCUCAAGUCCCAGACACAGAGACCCUUCAUGCAUAUCGUUCUUCCAGGGUUGGCCUAUUUGGCCUUGUUUGCAAGUGCAACAAUUGCAAUUCCUGAUAUUGAUGAAGAAUUUCAAAAAGUCACUUGCGGAUCUUCCAUCAAGCUAACACAUGAAAAAUCGCAUUUCAAGUUGCACUCGCAUCAGAUUCCUUAUGGCACUGGUUCAGGGCAACAAUCUAUCACGGCAGUCCCUGGCAAGGACGAUACAAACUCGCUUUGGCGAGUGAUGGCUCAAUUGGGCCACACUUGCGAUCGUGGCGAGCCUGUGCCAUGUGGAAGCGUUGUUCGAUUGAAGCACGUCAACACCAAGAAGUUUCUCCACUCUCAUCAUCAUCAUUCACCCAUGUCUGGUGGAUUGGAAGUCUCUGCCUAUGAAGGUCAGGAUGAUGGCGAUAAUUGGAUUGUAGAAUGUACAAACAAGAAGGAGGAAUUUUGGAUGCGGGAAUCGACAAUCUACCUUCGACAUGCAAAUACGGGGACAUACUUGAGCAGUUCAACAAGGCAUGUCUAUGGUAAUCCAAUCCCAGGGCAGCAAGAAGUCGCUGCUCAUCGUCUGCAAAAUCAAGGCGAGCAGAAUUGGAGUGCACAGGAGGGUAUUUAUUUCGCAGAGAAGGAGCUAUAGCACGAUAGAAAAUAGAAUAAUUAUCCCAUC